CCUAGACAGCGACGAUGGCUUCCAAGUUGCCUGUAUUACGAGACUUGGGCUGAUUUAGCUGGUUCAAUUUACGCACAAGAAAUUGAGGAAGUGUCGCGUCAUGUUUCCGGAGAGGCUAUGUAAUCAAAAAGAUCAGGUGUGCAUAUCAAUGUACAUUAGAGCCGUAUGAAUAAUCACAAAUGGCCCUCGUUCCCGGCCCCGGAGUACCGUGGUCAACUCGUCAAUUCUGGAAUCGCAACGAUGCCGCUGGCGCCUUUGGCUUACGGCCUUCGCUACCUCUGCGAAUGAGGAUAGGCAACUUAAGUACAGCUAUUCUCAGGACCGCCUUGAGUCAUUAAUUUUGUUUCAUGCAUGCCCCGAUUGCUCUGCUCGAAGUCAUUCAAAGAUAGCUAGCUCAUCACAACGUCAACCCACGGUGUUAUCCACCUCCUCCCCACACCAAAUGACUUCCCCUCUUAAAGACCUGGAUAAGUCGGAGCUCUAUGCGAACUACAGCAGCGGCAGUAACGUUUAUGUUCUGGUGGUUGACAGCAUGUUAAAGCUUCCUCCAGAAGCUAACGGCGCCGUCGUUGUUGGCGGCUCGAAUGCCGCGAUAUACGCGACGUUUAUCUCGGCCAAAGCUGGCGCUCGGGCUGCUAUUCAUCAUGACUGCGGCAUCGGUCGAGAUGAAGCAGGGGUCAGAGGCCUGCUUUGGGCGGAACGACACGGCAUGGCUAUGGCGGCCGUCGCUACUGACAGCGCCCGCGUCGGCGACGGUGCAGACAUGUUCCAACGCGGGGUCAUCAGCCGUGUCAACAGAAUUGCGGCCAUGUGUGGUGUAGAGAACGGUCAAACUGUCGUACAAGCAGCGAAGCUUAUGAAAGCCGCGCCUUGGCCUCAUGCAGACGUGCAGCCGCCGGUCGAGGGACGUACCUUUAUUCACGGCGUCCUCUGCAUAGACUCCCUCUUACUCGGAAAUCCAGAAGAUUCAGGCUUGGUCGUGGCAACCGGUAGCCAUGGCGGUGCAAUCGCGGCCGGAAUGACGAGUUCAUUUAGGCCACGCCUCGCUUUCUUCAAUGAUGCCGGGUUCGGCGCUGAUCGUGCGGGUGUAGCCUGCCUUCCUAUUCUCGAUUCUGAAGGCAUUGCCGCCGCUACGGUUGCCGCAGAAUCGGCGUGUAUUGGUGACGGUAAGUCAACGCUGACGCAGGGUAUUGUCUCGGCCGUGAAUGAAACGGCAUACCGACUCGGCGCCAGAGUCGGGGAGACGGCCCUUAUAGUGGCACGCACCGCGGUGGAGAUAGCCUGAAUAGUUCACUCAGAACAAUCCAAAAUGAAGCUGAAAUGAUAUCAUCUGGCCAUACAAAGUAGGCUGGACACGCCCCACCAAAACCACUUUUACACUAAACAAACUUUAUAUUAAUGUUGGCCGAUUAUAGUGCAAGGAAUUUUAGUGCAGUAUUAGUGUGUUCCAAUAUUGCAAAGGGAAAGAAGCCUGAAUUUUGAAUAACUGGAAACUAGACCUAAUUUAUACCCAAUUUACUAGUGGAGCUGAUCGCUAAUAAUUACCCAAAUAAUGGUAAAUUGUCGGAAAUUGCAGAGAAAAAUAACGCGUCAAAACCAUGGUUUUGACAUACCGUUCCAUGGCGCAUUAUUAUCGCACUAGCUUGCUGACA